GCAAACAAUGCUAGAAUCAACUUUUCUUUCUUCAACCUAGAUUUCAUUGUUUGGGCCUGGGCUUUUUGGGUAGUACCAUAUGGGCGUACCACAAUAACAGCCCAUAGUCAAUCCUUGAACAAUCGAAGCAUUUUGAUUUUUGAAUGGUGGCGCCAUGCGAAACAGAGUGGCUGCUGAGUUACUGUCCGAAGAAGGAAAUGCAUAACAAAUCUCAAAGACGAGCCAUUGGCUUCUUCGCCAAGAUUGGUCGUUUGAUCGCAACUCCAGAAAUCACUGAAAUAAGCUCAUACCAGCUGCGCUAUUAUAGGCUAGUUACUUGCGUUGCUAAUGGCGUUACAACUGCUUUUCAACUUUACUCUCCUCUUAUCCGACGAUACACGGAGAGAAAGUCUACAUUCCAUAUCAAAGCAAUCCAAAACCAUAUGAUCACAUCCGGGGUUCCGCUUCUGAUACUGGGGGACAAGCUCAUUGAUGCUUACCUUAAGUGUGGUGAUAUUUUGGACGCUCGUAAACUGUUCGAUGGAUUGCCUAAGAAACACAUUGUUAUUUGGAAUGCCAUGAUUGCUUCUUAUAUUACUCAUAGGAAGGCGAAAGAAGCUAUUGGGAUUUAUGAGAGGAUGCUUUUGGAUGGAGUUUUUCCUGACGAGUACACAUUCUCGAGCAUUUUCAAGGCAUUUUCUGAUCCAUGUCUUGUACGUGAGGGCGGCCGGAGAGCUCAUGGGUUAUCUGUGGUUCUGGGUUUGGAGGUUUCUAAUGUGUUUGUUGGUAGCGCUCUUGUUGAUAUGUAUGCUAAGUAUGGUAAAAUGAGGGAUGCACGGUUGGUGGCUGACAGAGUAGUGGAGAAAGAUGUGGUUCUGAUGACAGCAUUAAUAGUUGGGUACUCACAACUAGGUGAAGAUAUUAAAGCUCUAGAGGCUUUUUGUGAAAUGAUUGAUGAUGGGAUUAUGGCCAACGAGUAUACUUUUGCAAGCAUUUUGAUCACUUGUGGAAAUUCAGGGGAUUUAAAUAAUGGCAAGUCCAUUCAUGGUCUCAUUGUCAGAUUAGGUUUUGAGUCUGCUGUAGCUCCGCAGACUUCACUCCUUACCAUGUAUUCUAGAUGUGGCUUGAUUGAUGAUUGUUUAAGGACUUUUAAGCUACUUGCUAACCCAAACCAGGUAACUUGGACAUCUCUCAUAACAAGCCUUGUGCAAAAUGGCAGAGAAGAGAUGGCUCUGACGAAGUUUAGAAAAAUGAUACGUGAAGCAAUUUCUCCAAAUUCUUUUACACUGUCUAGUGUUCUGCGGGCAUGUUCAAGCCUCGCGAUGCUUGAAGAAGGAAAACAAGUUCAUGCCUUUGUCACGAAAUAUGGGUUGGAUACAAACAAAUAUGCAGGAGCUGCAAUUAUUGACUUGUAUGGGAAGUGUGGAAGCACGGAUAUGGCUAGAUUGGCUUUUGAUGCUCUAAUUGAAUUUGAUGUUGUAUCUGUGAACUCCAUGAUCUAUAGUUAUGCCCAAAAUGGCUUUGGACACGAAGCACUUCAACUCUUUGACAAAAUGAAAGAUUUGGGAAUUCGGCCAAACAAUGUAUCAAUUUUGAGUGUUCUCUUAGCAUGCACCAAUGCUGGAUUGGUUGAAGAAGGUUGCCAAAUUUUUGCCUCCAUAAAAAAGGAUUCCAACGUUGAAUUAACUAAAGAGCACUAUGCUUGCAUGGUUGAUUUGCUGGGGCGUUCUGGGAGACUUGAAGAGGCCGAAAUAUUAAUAAACCAGGUAAGAGAUCCAGAUGUGGUUUUAUGGAGGACUUUGCUCAGUGUAUGUAGAAUCCACGGAAAGGUAGAGAUGGCAGAGAAAGCUGUGGAGAAAGUGCUUCAGGUUGCACCUGAAGAUGAUGGGACUCAUGUUUUGUUGUCAAACCUUUACGCCUCAACUGGUAAAUGGAGCCAGUUUGUUAAGAUGAAAAGCACAAUGAGGGAGAUGAGGUUGAAGAAGAGUCCUGCAAUGAGUUGGGUUGAUGUUGGCAGGGAGGUUCAUACUUUCAUGGCUGGAGAUUUCUCCCAUCCAAGAUCAAGGGAGAUUUUAGUAACUCUAGAGGAGUUGGUUGAGAAGGUAAAGAUUUUGGGUUAUAUCCCUGACACAAGGUUUGUGUUGCGGGACAUGGAUGAGGAGAAAAAAGAGAGCUCUCUUUAUUAUCAUAGUGAGAAGCUAGCCAUAGCUUUUGCUAUAUGGAAAACUACUGACCAGAUUACUAAGAUCAGGAUCUUUAAGAACCUGCGAGUUUGUGGGGAUUGUCACAAUUGGAUAAAAUUUGUGUCUAAAGUGGUUGGUAGAGAAAUAAUUGCAAGAGAUGCAAAGAGAUUCCAUCAUUUUAAAGGCGGGCUAUGUUCCUGUGGAGAUUAUUGGUGAUCUAUUUGUGUUGUGUACAGUUCAACCUCUGGUCCGCGAGCACAACUAUCUCUAUACUUCAGUUUCAAGAAUACGCAUAGAUUAAGGCACUAGAUGAGCUGCCUGUUCUUCAGUUAGCGCAACUUGUCAGUUGAUCAGAUUGGUCUAGCUUGUGCACCCGACGAAGCUGAACCCAACAUUGAUUAGGAUGAAGGUUUUGACACUGAUGAGAUGCCUUCAUUUAAAUAACAAAAUGUAGAAAUUUUGCACAGCAAAAGCAAGAAAGGAGGAAGCACUGCCCCAACUCCAUUGCCUCUUGGGAAUCUGAAGCAGCUGGGCCUGUCAUCAAUGGCUGCUGCUGUGGCGACCAUGUGCAUCAGCUCUGCUUCAUCAGAUGGCCCCAUGACUACCAUG